AACUAUCUUCUUGCAGGUUUUGAGAUGGCUAAAAUUCCUUAAUCUUAGUCACUCCACGUACUUGAUAGAAACCCCUGACUUUUCCGGACUACCACGGCUUGAAAAGCUCAUUCUCAAAGAUUGUCCAAGAUUGCGCGAUGUUCACCAAUCUAUUGGAUGUCUCUGCUAUCUUAUGCUGCUAAAUUUGAAGGAUUGUAUAAGUCUAACCAAUCUUCCCAUUGAGAUAUAUAAGUUGAAAUCCUUAAAUACUCUCAUUCUGUCUGGGUGUUCAAAGAUUGAGCUAAUGGAAAAAGAUAUAUUGCAAAUGGAAUCUUUGAUCACUCUAAUGGCUGAAAGUACAGUUGUGAAACAACUGCCUUUCUCAAUUUUAAGCUCAAAAAGUAUUGGAUAUAUAUCCCUACGUGGAUUUGAGGGAUUAUCACAUACUCUAUUUCCUUCUAUCGUUCGGUCUCGGAUGUCACCAACAAUGAAUCUUCUAUCUUAUGUUCAUUCGUUCAUGGAUACAGAGAAUAAUAAUUGGGAUGAUAUUGCACCAUUGCUUAGCACCCUUGCAAAUCUUCGAAGUGUUUUGGUACAAUGUGACACCGAGUUUCAACUAUCUAAGCAAGUAAAAACUAUUCUGGUAGAAUUUGGUAGAAAUAUUGCAGAAUCAAGAACUUCAAAGCAGCACUUAAGGUCUUCUUUGAUCGGUGUCGUAAGAUGCAAAGAAUUCUUCAAUGCUGUCAGCGAUAACAUAUAUGAGAUAUUGGGCAGCAGUGAGUCAUGUGAUGGUUCUUUCUCAGGUGACAAUGAUGCUAAUUGGUUGGCUCAUAAGGGUGAGGGACAUUCUGUUUCUUUCACUGUGUCUCAGGAUCGUGUCAUUAAGGGAAUGGCUUUGUGUGUUGUUUAUUUAUCAACCUCUAAAAUCAUGAAACCUGAACUUACUACUGUCUUGAUUGUUAAUUACACAAAGUGCACAUUACAUAUGCACAACCAUGGCACAGUAAUUUCUUUUAAGGAUGAAGACUCGUUUGGCAUAAUAUCAAAUUUAGGAUAUGGAGAUAAGGUAGAGAUUUUCGUGACCUUUGGUCAAGAAUUGGUAGUUAAGAAUACAACUGUCUAUCUAAUAUAUGGUGAAUCAAAGGGAUUGGAAAUAGAGCCGGAGCCUGUUACAAUCCUAAGUUCCGUCUGAUACAGUUUGUUCCAUUUGAUAGUUUUAUAUUCUGUUUGUUCUGUUUUUUUGUAACAGUUUUAGUUUGUUUUUUUUUCUUCUGAUAAUGUAUAUAUAGAUACACGUUAUAUCUCUGCUUAGAUAAUACAAUAAUGCGUUUUACCUUUAUACUUCUCUUGAGUUAUGGAUUUAAUCACUGUGUUCUUGAAUGCAAUUUAUUUUUUC